UGUAGACGAGUGUGGUUCCAUACAACUGCAUACAAGUGACAUCAAUCAAGAUACAAGUAACACCAAUUGUGAGGUCGAAGGAGGGACAAUCUUUGCCGAGCCACAACCUUAUGAGAUUCCCAACAGAGUGUUCAGCCGGUCUAGCGCUGAAGCUUCUACCAUUGCUCCUCCUUCUAUGCUCGGCAUUCACUGUGUCGGUGUACCUGGCCACCCAGGAAUACAGAGAAAAUCGUUUCAGAGAGAAAGUGUGUCAGUCCGGGAUAUGCCCCGACGCCCCAGCAGCGACAGCGCGUCCCGUGUGCGGCUCGGACGGUCAAACCUACGGCGAUGAGUGCGAUUUGGUGCUGGCUAGUUGCUCGCCCGGCCCGGCAGGCAGGGUGCCACACAGAGCACAUUAUGGCGAGUGCACGGGAGAGGAGCAGACGAUCAGCCGCAUCACUGGCGGGAAACCAGCUUAUGAUUCGGAUGAUCCACCGCUGACAUGCCUUACCAGCUGCAGGCCACUCCGUGGCCGGGCAGUCUGCGGAACGGACGGUCGGACCUACGCAUCGGCGUGUCACCUACAAAGGACCGCGUGCCGUGACUCGCUGGACCUGCUCACCGGGCUCCUGCAGGCGUUACUCCGGGGCAGGGGCAGGAUACUGACCGUGGCUCACUCGGGGCCCUGCCGGGAUGAUGAGGGAUCCAGCGAGGAGACGACGUCGGCUGGAAGUCAAGAGACGGAGGCAGACUCCAGCAGUGAAAGGAGUGACUGGCAAUCAGAUGAGGUAGCAAUAUGGACACCAACUCCAACAGCACCAACAACACAACCCGUGACCUUUGCAACGACUAAAAGCGAAGGUGCAGGAACUUCCCCGAGCAGCAUGACGGCGGCCUUUAUAACAGCGCCCUCUACGGAUGUGACAUCCAUUGAACAAACUCCUGACCAAUCAACAGACGCGGACGAAAGUCAUCCCAGUACCGAGGCGUCGCCAACCACAACAGACAACGGCGUUCAAGCAACAUCCGAACCGGUUGAAACUAGUCCUGCUGCAAUGUCUGACCAAUCAACACCUGCGUCUGGAACCUCCACCGCGAAGCUUACACCGACCACAACAAAGAUCGACGGAUUUGAUUGGUCCUGCCCUGCUGAUGGUCAGUGUCUCUCGAUACCGUCCCGUCCAAUCUGCGGCUCGGACGGGAAGACGUAUUCAAAUCUGUGCCUGCUCAGAGACUUUGUUUGUAAGACCGGAGAUACAACCCUUACGCCGGUCCGAAGUGGCAACUGCACUGGAAAACCUGAAACUGAAGAGUGUUUCUCGUGCGAUGACUUUUACGACCCAGUUUGCGGUACGGACAAGCAGAGUUAUCUAAACGUCUGUCAUCUGAGGCAGGAAGCCUGCAGGCAGAGAACCACCGAACUUAGAGUGUCGUUUACUGGACUCUGCGAGAUACCGGUCAGAGUCUGUUCGGCUUCGCGACCGUGCAACCCCUUCAGCGGUCCGCCAGUAUGCGGGACGGACGGGACCACCUACCCGUCGCUGUGCUACCUGAGGCGCACGGCCUGCAAGCGGCGAGACUUCAGCCUAGUGGAGGCCUACCACGGAGAGUGCAUGGCAGGCAGAUUAACAAAUGUUUGUCAGGAGCGUUGCCCGGACAUCGAGUCAGCUGUGUGCGGUACGGACGGGCUAACCUACCAUAACUACUGCUUCCUGCAGCGGGCGGUGUGCAGGGAACCGGGGCUGUUCCACGCUUACGAUGGACGGUGCAAUCGGGUGAAUCACCUGCCGCAAGAUAUCUCGGCCUUGGUACCAUGAUGAGUCCAUUGCAAGAGUCACAUCAGUUUGUGGAAACCGUACGGCAUACCUCCAGUCAUCACAAGCAGGACAUUCAUAUUUAUUUUAAUAUUACCGUAUUCCGCACGUGCAUGUGAAUACCAGAUCGAGGUAUUACCUAGGCCUCAUCUACUUUAUAUAUAUUUUUUGUAAUUCAGAAAAUGAAAUACUGGACGCAGACUUUCACUAAAAAUUAUAUAAUGAGACAGUUUCAAAAUCACAGUCUUUUUUAUGAUUUAAAAAAAAAAUUGUUUUAUUUCUUUCUGAUAAUCAAACCAAGGGUUCCUCAAAAGUGCCCUAAGCACUGUAGCUCCCAAGCCUAGAGAAACAUGUAGGGAGGAGACAAUGAUAAGUUUUAGAGGCGGGAGCUAAAGACCAGAAGCAUAUUCUUGGGAAAACCCACG